CGUUGCCAUAUAUGUUUUGAUUAAAAUGUUUGUGAGCCCACAACAUUUGCACCGCAGUGCCUUGUUUUUUUCAAUAACACAAACCCCGAGGUGUCGCGUAAAUAACUUAUUUUACCACAGCUAGUAAGUUGCUAACGCAUUACGUUAGCUCCCCCUUCAUGUUGCUUCUCGGUGUGCGUUUGAUUCACGAAGCGGAUCUCCCCGCCGGGGUGGCUCUCUGCUAGAUGCUGACCCGAGCUGGAGAGAGAGAGCGCGAGCGAGCGGACUGCACCAAAACCAAGGUCCGGAUUUGAGCACGCUGACGUCACGGGGAUCUACAGACCUCUUUGACAGGAUCCAGCGAGCACAGAGAGAGUGGGGGUCUUAAGGUCCCCACCUAUGACCAGCAACCUACCGCCCGCUUGUAUCGAUGCAAUCGUUGCUUGUGGGAGCGUUUAAAGUCAAUUCCAGGCUGUGAUCGAGGGACUUUGGCGCAACGUGAGUGCGCUCGUUUGUUUUUAAAGGGAAUCCCGCUGCCCUCCCCCCCCCCAGCCUGGCUCCAAGCUCCACCGUUGACCGGCUUGGAUAAACAACCAGCGGACAACUAAUCCCCGGGACGCACACAUUAACGGUGCGGGGGCUCGGUCCCGGUGAGAAAUGGACAGGGCAGCACCAGCUGGAUUAAAUGAUCCGGAAUAAGCAAGUGGGGACGAAGCGACCCUGAAUGGUCUUUAUGGUUAUUAUUCAUAUUUGACUGGAGAUGGGGGCUUUUGCGAGCAGACAAAAUAUAGGCGUGGAAGAAGUGGACAUUCCGUCCAAUUCGGUGUACCGUUACCCACCGAAAUCUGGAAGUUACUUCGCCAACCAUUUCAUAAUGGGUGGGGAGAAGUUUGACUCCACCCACCCGGAAGGUUACCUGUUUGGGGAAAACGCAGACCUCAACUUCCUCGGGACCAGACCAGUAGCGUUCCCAUAUGCAGCCCCUCCGCCUCAGGAACCGGUGAAGACGUUACGAAGCCUUAUAAACAUCCGCAAGGACACACUGCGGCUUGUACGGUGCAGUGAGGACCUGAAGCUGCCCGGCGAUGACGCGGCGGGCAAGCAGAGGAGCUGCUACAACGUGGAGUUCACCUUUGACUCGGACACCCAGGUGGCCAUCACCAUCUACUACCAGGCCGUGGAAGAGUUUCACAAUGGAGUGCCGGUCUACCUGCCCCAGGACAGCUCCCUGCAGUCGGAGACGGUGCACUUCAAACGGGGCGUUAGCCAGCAGUUCUGCCUGCCGUCGCACACCGUCAACCUCAGCGAGUGGGCCGACGAUGAGCUGCUGUUCGACAUGGACAAGGAGGUUUUCCCUAUGGUGGUGCAGGCCGUGGUGGACGAGGGUGAUGAACAUUUGGGCCACUCUCACAUACUGCUGGCCACAUUUGAGAAGCACAUGGACGGCAGCUACUGCGUGAAGCCUUUGAAGCAGAAACAAGUGGUGGAUGGUGUGAGUUACCUCCUGCAGGAGAUCUACGGCAUCGAGAACAAGUACAACAGCCAAGAAUCAAAGGUCGCCGACGACGAGAUCAGCGACAACAGCGCGGAGUGCGUGGUGUGCUUGUCGGACGUGCGCGACACGCUCAUCCUGCCGUGCAGACACUUGUGUCUCUGCAACGCCUGCGCCGACACGCUGCGCUACCAGGCCAACUGCUGUCCCAUCUGCAGGCUGCCUUUCAGAGCUCUGCUGCAAAUCCGAGCCAUGAGGAAGAAACUCAGCCCUUUGACGCCGACCAGCUUUAACCCCGUCAUCACCUCACAGACGUCAGACUCAGAGGAGCAUUCGGCGUCCGAGCACAUCCCCCCGGGCUACGAAGCCGUGUCCCUGCUGGAGGCGCUCAACGGUCCCCUAGCCACCUCCUCCGUGGCUCCGCCCCUCCACUCCGGCCCCAGUCACGUGUCGGGAGCGCUGCCGCCUUACAGCAACGAAGCUCACCCGGCAGCGGCCCGCUCGGUCUCCCCUCUGGACCACUCCAACUCCAGUCAGGGACUCAAACUCAAGAAGAGCGGCUCCAAGUCCCUUUCCCAGAAUUCCUCAAUGCUUCCCGAGGAGGAUGAUGAGAAGUCUUGCAGUGAACUGGAGGCCUGCCGGCACAAACUUGCCGUGGACCCGCAGGAGUGCGGAGUCACUCCGGACAGUGAAAACCUGACGCUGUCCUCGUCUGGAGCCAUCGACCAGUCGCCGUGCACCGGAACUCCGCUAUCCUCCACUAUCACGUCCCCUGAAGACCCAGUGAGCAGCAGCCUGGCCCAGUCAGUGAUGUCCAUGGCGUCGUCCCACUCGCAGCACUCCCACAUCAGCACUGACACCAUGUCCUCCAUGUCAGGGUCCUACCUGGCCGGGGCGGAAGGCGAGCCCGGUGGCGGCCAGGGGGCUGAUGGGGAGGACGGCGAGGAGGAGAAGCGGGAUGCCCCCAUGGAGAGCCGAGGACCCUCGCAGCUGGAAGGGGAGCUGACGGAGCUGCACUACUCUGUGGUGGUGGAGGAGCAGGACUCAGAGGGGAAUGAUGUCACAGAAGAGGACCGCUCCUCCUCAUCUAACGGCAAAGGUGGGCGGAGCAGGUGUCCAGAGUUGGCCAAUAACAAUCAGGGCCUGUGUGACACGCCCUCUUUGGGCUUGGACAAUGAGCAGGCCCCCGACAGCCGAUUUGCCGGUCUGAUGUACCUGGGGGGCUACAGGUCCGUUCUGGAGCCGCCCCGCCACAACAACCACCACCACCACACCUCCACCAGCACCCGGGAGGAGCAAGGGGUCGAGAACCGGGAGAGUCCGAAACAGCCCCGCCGCGGACCCCUCAUUGUGUAGCACUUGCGCAAACACACACGCACACACACACACACACACACGCUCAAACCCUACGAGCACCUCCUACUACUCAGUGCUGCAUCGCUGGAUAAUGGCUGAACAGGGAACCCACGCCCACCUCCCCACCUUCUUUUCCACGUUCUCGCCUUGGAGACGAGGUUAAGAAGACUUCUAUCGUCUCUGCACUUUUAUAUAUUUUUUUCGUUUUCCAGUUUUUAUUUAUUACCUGUAGGUCGAACUAACGCGGUGUUGUGACACUCCUUCAGUACUACCAGCCAAUCAGGGGCUACUUGUGAUCUGCAAUCACAUUUAUUACUAUCAUUAUUAUUAGGACUAAUCUUCCUCUCAGACGCGACUAUCUGGGCCUGACUCCCUCGCAUGCGUCCUCUCAACUCGGACGACCUCUACUGAAUGUGAAGCAGAAGCAAAAACUUGGGACAUCGAAAAGAAUGUAGGACCAUUGGCUCCCAGAAGGGGGCGCCAUCAUGUUAACUGGAAUCCCAUCCAACAGCGAGGCUCCUGUGUUAGCGCGUCAGUAUUAUUAUAAAUGCAGCAAUGAACACGGCUUCUUUUUGUCCUUCAACCCCAUUUAGACCAGGGGUGUCCAAAGUGCGGCUCGGGGGCCACAAUCGCCCUGCACUAAUUUGCGUUGUCGCCACCAUUGUUCAGAUACCUUAGCAUAUAUUAGCAUACAUUGGAUCGAUUUUCGCAUCUUUAAGGCGUAAAAUGUAUCCAAGCGCGCCCCCCACGGACACCCCUGAUUUUAGGUUUUCAAUGUUGCCAUCGUAGAGGGACAUUUAGUGAGAGAUGCUCACAUACCCAAUUUUUUUUUUUGAAGUUAACCUCUCAGUGUUGUCUGUUUUUGUGUUUUUAUUUGUUGCAAAGCACUGUGUCGUUUACUAGAAUGUGGAUGAAAACGUGAACUUUGUAAAGGUUUACACACGCACACACACACGCACACACACACGCACACACACACACACACACAGGUGUGCUGACAUAGCAAAAGGGACAUUUUGAUGCACUAUUAGCCGCCGUUUCCUAGGCGACACACCAAGCAUGACAAAUCCGGGUCGGCCUCGCGUCGAACCCGCAAUGAUCUCAGCAUCCCGUGUAUGUGUUGGCCUGAGUCACAUGAUCACAGUCACAUGAUCACAAUCUGAACGUGUCGAUGGUUAUCGAAAGGAGAGGAAUAGAUGAGGGCCACUUUUUGUAGGAGAUGUCAAGGAGAACAUGAAACAGCCAAUAAAGUUUUUUUUUUGCAACUUAACGGUUGAGUGUUGUUGUUGUCGUGUUGUCCCAAGCAUUGUCACCUUCGUUUUCAUUUUUAAAAAAUGAUACACAAACAGGCUUCCUUUUGAGACGUUUAAAAAUAUUUUUUGAAACCAUUUUAAGAUAUCCUCUCUGCCACAGUAACUCACUAUGUGCCUCCUGUGGCCUUAAGCGGGACUCUUAAGUCAUAAAAUACAGACGAUCCCUCGUUCAUCGCCGUAAUUGGUUCCAGACCCGACAGUCAUCAGUGAAUUUCUGCGAAGUGGGAUCCUUAUUUAUAAAUGGAAUAUUUUCAUAGUUUUGAGCACAGAAAACCUGUUUACGACCUUCUAAAUACAGUUUUUAUUAUUAGAGCCCUCUAGACAUAAAAUAACACCCCUAUGGUCACCAUAGCACUCCUAUUACCCAAAUAUAGUAGCUAGAAUAAGAGAUACUAAGCUAUUUCAGACAUAAAUUACACUCAUGCUUGUCCGUGUUUGCUGUAAAUGUCUUCCGCUGGCGGGGAACAUGAAGUGAUGUCGGGGGUUCAGAGUUGAGUUUUAGCUUGAUGUGAGUUACAGCUGCGACAGUAGCGCAUGUUGGGGAUUAUUGUGCCUGUUGUGAGAGCAUUCAAACCUGCAAUAGAAGCACCUGUUCUGGUGCUUGUGUGUCUCACCUGGCAAUACAGUGACAUCACUGGCACCUAGUGACCAGCGUAGAAUACUACAUAUCAUUACAAUGUCUUUGAAUGCAUCCUCUGAAUGCCUUAUAUUUGUAUUUGACUUCAUUUAGCCAUUUUUAUGCUUGAAAAUGUGUAACUUAGGCCAAGAAUAUUUAAAAUGUGCUUAAAUAUGCAUAUUUUUGACUCAUAACAGGCAGUUCAACAACGAAACAGCAUGUUUUAACAAUGUGUUUUUUUAAAAACGUCAUAGCGUGAAGCUGCGAGGUGGCGAGGGAUGGCUACAGUACAUACAGCGGUGUGAAAAAGUGUUUGCCCCUUCCUGAUUUCUUUAUUUUUUGCAUGUUUGUC